UCUCUCUCUCUCAUUCUACCUGUCUAUUAAUAACUGGUAAAUGUUGUAUAAUGUUGAUAUUAAACACGGUACGUUGUGAGGGGCUGGAUGACGUCACUGCGAGGGCGAGUUCUCCAGCACGCGCAGGCAUCAGUCGCGGCGGUAAGCUCGCGCUGAAUGGAAUCACCGGACAGAUGCCGAUAACCGAACACGACUGAUACCGUGAGUGUGUCGCUGUGGGUUUAUAUCAUCUCUGUGAGAUUAUCAGUUUACGAUGGAGUCUCAGCGGUGGAGGAGAGAUGUGUCACAACAUUCAGGGAAGAACUCUCUCCUCACCCCCGGAGUCAUUACGGUGGCCCCUGACCUCAACAGAUCCACUCCAGUGGUCGCCCUGGAGACGCCCAUCUUCCUCAUGACACCCGCCGCUCAAACCAUCUCUGGAUUCUUCACCUGGACGGCUCUACUGCUCACCUGUCAGCAGAUCUACAUGCACUUGAGGUAUUAUAAGUCUCCCAAUGAGCAGCGACACAUCGUCAGGAUUCUCUUCUUUGUGCCCAUCUACGCCUUUGACUCGUGGCUCAGUCUGCUGUUCUUCACUAAUGAAGAGUAUUAUGUUUACUUUGACACGGUCCGGGACUGCUAUGAAGCUGUGUGUGUGUGUGUGUUUUCUGCAGCGUUUGUCAUCUAUAACUUCUUGAGUUUGUGUUAUGAGUAUCUGGGAGGAGAAAGUGCCAUCAUGGCAGAGAUCAGAGGAAAACCCAUCCAGUCCAGUUGUGUGUACGGCACAUGUUGUCUAUGGGGCAGAACCUACUCCAUCGGCUUUCUGCGCUUCUGUAAACAGGCGACGCUGCAGUUCUGUGUGGUGAAACCUCUGAUGGCCGUCAUCACGUUGAUCCUUCAGGCCUUUGGGAAAUACAGAGAUGGAGAUUUCAAUGUGGCGAGCGGUUAUUUAUACGUCACCAUCAUCUAUAACAUCUCGGUCAGUCUCUCUCUCUACGCUCUCUUUCUCUUCUACUUCGCCACGCGAGAUCUGCUGGAGCCGUACGGUCCCAUGCUGAAGUUCUUCAUGGUGAAAUCUGUCAUCUUCCUCUCGUUCUGGCAGGGGAUGCUAUUGGCCAUCCUGGAGAAAUGCGGUGCGAUUCCUCGGAUCAACUCUCCUGAUGUCACUGUGGGGGAGGGGACUGUUGCCGCCGGUUACCAGAACUUCAUCAUCUGUAUUGAGAUGUUCUUCGCUGCUCUGGCGCUCAGACACGCAUUCACACACAAGAUCUACAUGGACAAGACGCUCAACCCUCAGGGGUGUGUUCCUGUAUAUGGUCAGUAUGGUUGUCGUGGUCCUAUGAGUAUCUCCAGCAGUCUGAAGGAGACGAUGAAUCCAGGCGACAUGCUUCAGGACGCCAUUCAUAACUUCUCUCCUGCGUAUCAGCAGUACACACAACAGAGCCGAACAGAACCUCAGCUGAGCCGAUCCAACAGCACCAAUGAGAAAACACUGCUGCUCAGCUCAGACGACGAGUUCUGACGCACACACACACACACACACACACACACACACACACACACACACACACACACACACACACACACACACACGCACACACACAGAGGCUCUGUGCUAAACCCUUGUGAGUUGCCUUUGUAGACAUCAUAUUCAUGAGUCAUCUUAACAUGAAGAACAGAAGACUGUCCAACUAUGAUGCCUGUUGAGGUACGUCAUAUUAUACACAUCCUAAGACAAUGUCACAAACUCUCCAUGGAUGAGGCAAUCCCAGAAUGCAUUGCAGACAAACAGAGUAAUAUUUCUUCUAGUUGGAUAUGUUGAGCGGAACAAAUAUCAUAAAAUUGAAAAGACGGCAAUCUUUGUGUAACACUUGGAGUCGCUUCCUGUAUACAACAUUUCAGAUCAUUCACUUUCUCUUUCUACAAGUUUCACAGUGUGUCUCAGCUGCUUAUGUAGACAGCAGAGGGUGAGACAGCUCACUAGGGUUCAUAACAGAGCAGACUGACUGAUAUUAAGAAUGAUGUGAUGAUGAUCUCUACAGAUCUUUACAUGUGUAUUUGAGAGUGAUGUUCAGAUAUAUUCAUACUGUGACGUGUGUGGAGUAUAAAGUGCUGCAUAAUAAACUACAGGAGCAUCUGUUUACUGCAGUCUGAUCUCAUGGAAUAAAUGUGACAGUGAUUGAAAUCAAACACAAACUCCUGCAGAUCUGAUGUGCAAUAUUCACUGAUGCGAAUAAAGGUGAGUUUCUUUAUUUUCUCAUGUGUGUUUAUUAAAUCUCCCACACUCUGCACACCUUUCUGUAAAACAUUUGUCUCUCCCCAAUAAGACUAUGAGAAUUAGUUUUUAUUACAGAAGUGUGGUUGCAUUUAAAUUGCGUUGUUGCAAAGCUCUUUUACAGAAAAUACAUUUUAGCGCAAACAGUGUUUAAGGAGGGUUUAAUGUCGCUGACUAUUUUUUUACGUUCAGUGUAUAGAAUGGUCCUGUAUUCACAUAAUUAAUGC